AUGGAAAAAAUAAGAAAGAUAUCAUAUAAUAAAGCUAUUACUAAAGGUGAAAUUAAUAAAGUAUUUAUUAAUCAUCCAGAAAAAAAAUAUUUGCACCAUACACAUAAAAGGAAUUUAUAUAAUAAAUCAUUAACAAAUAUUAAAGUGACAGAUGAGAAACGAUCUUUUAAUAUUUCAGUUUCUGACUUAUAUAGAAAGAAUAAUUUUUUGAAUAGAGACAAUAUUCGUUAUUUUUCAAGUAAUUCAGCUUAUAAAAAUUUAUACUUGGAAAAUUAUGGAAAGAUUAGAGAACAUAUUAAUAAUAUAGAUAACGAGGAAUCUGUUAUAAUGAAUAUUUUAAAGGAAAAAACCUACGAUUGCAUACAGAAAACAAGAGAGCAACUAAAAGAAAUUAUGCAUACUUAUCCCAAUACGCCUAUAUCUAUAUGCACACCGAAUAAUGUAAUUGGUGGAUUACGAAACACAAUAACCUUAAUUACGGAUACUUCCAUUUUAGAAAAAAAGAAAGGAAUUUUAUUUAGAGGAAAACCUGUAGAACAAAUUUUAAAAGAAUUUCCAAAAUGGGAUACAAACUGUGAAUAUCCUGUCGCCGAAGCGAUGUUUUGGUUUUUGUUAACAAAGGAAAUACCUACAAAAGAUGACUUAAAACUUUUUUCGAGAGAAUUAUACUACAGAGCUAAAAAAAUUCCAUCAUUUGUUUUUGAAUUUAUGGAUAAUAUACCACCAUUUACCCAUCCCAUGAGUCAAUUAGUAACCACAGUAUCUUUUUUAGAGUCCUUAUCCCUAUUUAAAUUAAAAUAUUCUGAAGGACUAUCAAAAACUGAUUAUUGGAAGUAUAUUUUAGAGGAUGCAGUUUCUUUAAUAGCACAAAUUCAAGUUAUUGGUGCUUACAUUUUUAAAAGAACGUUUAUAGACAAUAAUAUAAAAAAGGGAGAAGGUAUGCAUUUAGAUAAUGAUCUUGAUUGGUCAGCUAAUUUCACUAAAUUAAUAGGUUAUGAUGAUAAUCAAAUAAGAGAUUUAUUAAGACUUUAUUUUAUCUUGCAUAGUGAUCAUGAAGGGGGAAAUGCAAGUGCUCAUGUAUCUCAUUUAAUAGGAAGUACUUUAGGAAACCCAUAUUUGUCCUUUUCUGGAUGCGCUAUAGCAUUAUCUGGCCCAUUGCAUGGAUUAGCUAAUCAAGAAUGCCUAAGAUUUUUAUUAGAUAUAAAAAAAAAGUUAGGUGAUAAUCAGUUAACUCAUGAGUUCAUUGAAAAAUAUACUAAAGACACUCUGAACUCUGGUAGAGUUAUACCUGGAUAUGGUCAUGCAGUUUUAAGAAUUCCUGAUCCUCGAUUUUUGGCCUUUAGAAACUUUGCUCUAACUCAUUUUCCAGAUGAUCCAUUGAUCCAAAUACUUGAAAAGUGUUAUGAAGUAAUACCUGGAAUUCUUUCAGCUACGGGUAAAGUUAAAAAUCCUUAUCCUAAUGUAGAUUGUUAUAGUGGUUCACUAUUGUAUCAUUAUGGUAUUAAAUAUCCCGAAUAUUAUACAGUUCUUUUUGCUCUUUCCAGAUCUAUAGGUGUAAUGUCCCAAUUAGUUUUAUCUAGAGGGUUAAUGUAUCCUUUAGAAAGACCUAAAUCAGUAGAUAUACAUAAUUUAAAAAAAAUAUGUGAAAAAAAUUAUAUAAAAAUUGAAGAAUUUGAAUAA